AUGAGAACGACAGAACUAUCUUUCAUCAUCCCUUCUUAUACCGUGAUUCUUGUUCAGUUGAUAACUGUAAGUUCAGGACAGUUCACAGUGACUGCCUUACAGGAACAUGUUUUGGUUUCUCUGGGAGAGGAAGUUGAGCUCAGUUGCCAGCUUUCCCCACCACAAAGUGCAGAACACAUGGAGAUACGCUGGUUCCAGAACCGCUAUACACAACCUGUUCACUUAUACAAGGAUGGCAAAGACAUAUAUGGAGAAACAAUUUCCAAAUACGUGGAGCGAACAGAGCUCUUGAAAGAAGACAUUGGAGAGGGUAAAGUGACCCUCAGGAUCCUUGGUGUCAGAGUUGAUGAUGAUGGGCCAUACCACUGCUUAUUCCAAGAUGGUGAAUUCUAUGACGAAGCCAUCACAGAAUUGAAGGUCACAGCGACAAAUGUAGAGACACAAAUUCUUGUGCAUCCAUCUACUAUCAAAGACAUUUUAUUAGAGUGUAAUUCUGAAGGUUGGUUCCCACGGCCUCAAAUGGAAUGGAGAGAUGAGAGAGGACAGACCAUUCCACCUACAUCAGAAUCAUAUUUACAGGAUAAAGACAAAUUGUUCAGCGUGAAGAUGACUCUUCUUAUUAGAUCCCAUAGAAAUGUCACUUGCUCCCUUCGAAACCCAGUGACUGGUCAAGAGGAGAUCACACGCAUUGUCCUACAAGUACCUGCUUCAGAGCCAUAUACACAAUUGGAUAAUAUCUGGCUGGAAGAUAUAACGGUGGUCCUGUAUAUUCUGAUAGUCUUCAUUACCAUGGUCAUUUCCUUCAUUUACUUUAAAAUCAGAGAGUUACUAAAAAUUUAAGGAAUUGAAAAAGCAUCCAAAUCUCUUCUGAAAUUCUUGACAGACAACAUUGGAACAACAUGCUAAGAUCUCAGGAGAAAACAGCUGUCAUCCCACAAUUUUACAAUCAAUGAUUCC